AUGCCCUCGCUAGUGCAAAUCCUCGGACUUACUGCCUUGGCAAGGCUGAGUGCUGCUCUUCCAGCAACAGUUGACUACAAUGUUCCCUCGGAAGCUGGAAGUGUUCUCAACCUAAAUGUGGCCCUUCGCAACAGUACCUACACUGUGAAAGCCAACGACACCAUUCACACCAUUGCAAAGAAAUAUGGUGUCGGAGCUUGCGACGUUGCCCGAGUGAACGUCCUUGCUGACCCCAACUACCUCUACGUGGAUGAACCAUUGCUCAUUCCCAAAAUUGCUACAUUCCCCGACGACACCUCGUGUUUCAGCACAAAUAACACCGAAGCAACCGCAACCUGCAUCUACGGUGGUCCUCACGUCUACACCAUCCUGCCCGGUGAUACAAUCCAGAAAAUUGCCAAUGAACGGUACAACAUCACAGUCGAGUCGAUUAUGGACAACUCCCCUCAGACAGGGUACAUUGCCGCUUUAGCUCCGGGCCCUCAUGAUGUCUUGGAAGCGGGGGAGACAGUCAAGAUUCCUAUCUGUGAUAACACGGCUUGCACAUUUACCCAAUUUACAUUCGACUAUGGCACACUGCAGGACUACGCAACGAUAUAUAACAUUACUGUGGGCCAGAUCAUGGCUCUUAACCUUGGUUAUAACCACACCGAUGCUUCAGGUGUUCCUUUGGUUGUAUUGGCUGACUGUGAGAUCACGAGCUGA